AUGGGCUGCGGGUUCAGCAAGCAGGUGGAAGAAGUGCCACGACAUAUAUUUUCGCUCCCUCGAAAGACUCAUUUUAAGCUCAAAGACACCACCUCCUCCGAUUACAGCGCAGGAGAUUACAACCCGGACCCACGGCCAUUCCCCUACUACGACCGCGAAGGCAUCUUCAAAGAAGAAACAGCCACAUUGAAACCGCUGCCGGGAUUCGAAGCCAGUCCUGGGCAGGACGCACCAGUGCUAUGGGCUUAUCCUGACAUCUACUUCGGCUUCGAUUACAGCGCUCAGAAUGGGGUUGGUGGUGCCUCCGAGCAGGAUACGGGUCCACAUCUGAUCAUCACGGAUCGGGAUAAGAAAAUCGUGGGCUUAAUCACGUAUUCUCUGGACGAACGGGGAAAGUUGAUUAGGGCUGCGGAGCGGGUGGUUCUUGUUGAAGCGCCGAGUAGGAGGAUGAUGUCUUGUUGGGCCUGGCGCCGGGGGCUUCAGCGGCAAUUAACGGAUAUUAAGGAGGAAGAUUGA